AUGGGCGUCUGGUUUUCCCUGACCGCCGACAUACCAUCGUUCCAUAUCCUGUUGUCCAGCAGCGAUUUCCCGCUGCCCACCAUGCAUCUCUCUAUCCCACAGAAACCGCGACCCGGAAGACGGUGGGAGGGUGGUCGCCCGCCCAAGACGUCGGCCAGAAUUAUAUUGACUAUGACAAUCAUGGUCAUGUUGUCGAUAGUGUCCCGGGGGAAUGCUCAAGACCAACCAGCCGAAGCCCAAUCCGUGGAAUCGGCGCUUUUCAGAGAACUGGCUGAAAGAGGUGAAAUCCACAUCGACACUCGAGAACCACCUUCGCGGCGAGACAUAUCCCGGCACAAGCGCCAGGACGGGGUCAGUGUCAUACCUACAACCAUCUCCGCACCUACCGCCACCUCAGCAGCGACCUCACUUCCUCCCGAUGCCACCGUAGCCAUCAGCACGGAAACGGCAGCGCCAUUAUCACCAUCGGCCGUCUCAACGUCCACCUCACCCACCAUCACCGUCGUGACAACACCGUUGCCCUCCCCCUUCGACACGUCAAUAGGCACCAACUUCACCGACACGGCAUGUCCGCAAUUCUUCUCCAGAUUCCUCAGCAACUCGACCUUCCAAUCCUGCAUCCCCGUGUCGCUGAUGCUCCAAAACUCCAACUCGUUCUUCCGCGCCGAACGCUCCACCACUCUACUCGCCCAGACGCUCGAUUCGGCAUGCAACGCUCCAUUGGCGAUUUGCUCUCCACUACUGGCAAACCUUGCCGCCGAGCUGAUCGACGACGCCAACUGCGGCCCGGACUACCGCCAACAAAACCCGCUCGUGGCACAGGCGUACGCGGGGCUGAUCGCCUACGAGCCGAUCUACCGCGCCACUUGUCUCCGCGACACCGACACCGACAGCGGGACAACCAACUACUGCUUCGCCGAGGCCCUCACCAACUCGUCCAAUUCGGCAGACUCGUACGUCUACUACACGGCGCUGGGCAUGAACAUGCCAUCCUCCGCCCGGCCCAGCUGUACCCCGUGUCUGCGGGACACGAUGAAGAUGUUUGCCGGCUACGCGGAGAAUGCGGUCCAGCCUCUGUCCAGAACGUAUCUCGCUUGCGCCAAUCAGGUCGAUGUCGGGUGCGGGGCGGACUUCGUGGCCACGGAUAUCAAGGUCGGGUCGACCGGCCGUUCGAGUGCCGCGUCGAGUGUCCUGCGCCGCCAAAUGUCGUCUUACACACUGACUAUCGGGUCUACAGUAUCUGUGGUAUUAUGGUCUAUACUGCUUGGCUGA